AGAAGGCCCAUAUAAUCAUCCCAUUUUCACCCACCAUUGUUUCCGUUGGAAGCUCUAUGAAAAAACUCCCUUCGAAUUCUCCGUCUCUUUCUCUCUCUCUCGAGAUCGAAUCGGCAAUGGCUGCUUCCAGCUCCGUUUUCACAACCUCUCCGUCGCGAAAUCUUUCUCUUAUCCGUCUUCAUCAGUCGCUAUCUCCACCGUUGAUCAGAUCCAGCUCCGUCGCGUUUCGUCCCAAACGACGAUCCAGCUCGCUCGUCUUGUGCUCCACUGAUGAAUCAAAGAGCAACACAGAGAAAGAGAUCCCAAUUGAACUCAGGUACGAGGCGUUUCCGACAGUGAUGGACAUCAAUAAGAUACAAGAGAUUUUGCCUCACAGAUUCCCAUUUCUGUUAGUGGAUAGAGUGAUAGAGUACACAGCUGAUGUAUCUGCGGUAGCUAUUAAAAACGUUACCAUUAAUGACAAUUUCUUUCCUGGGCAUUUUCCUGAGAGACCUAUAAUGCCUGGAGUUCUCAUGGUUGAGAAUGAGGGUGAAAUUUGUGUUCCGGUUCAAGUUUUGAGGGAAGUUAAGGUGAAGGCUUUUGCUCUAAGUUUCAGUUAUAAGGGUGGGCACUGUCACUUAAUGGCAUCUGAAUCCAAUAGCUUCAAGAAAAGAGAUCGUCUACUUGAAAUUGAGGUAGCGGUUCGAAAGUGGUGGGAGGAUGAGGAUGUUUUCAGGGCUGAAUCUCGUGAUCAUAUUCCAAAGCCAGGAGAAAAGUUCUUCUCCACUUUCCCUUUUCCCUAUAUGAAUGGUUAUCUUCACAUUGGGCAUGCCUUCUCCCUCUCCAAGGUUGAUUUUGCUUCUGCUUACCAUAGACUUAGAGGUGCCAAUGUGCUUCUUCCUUUUGGUUUCCACUGUACUGGUAUGCCAAUUAAGGCUUCCGCGGAUAAGCUUUCUCGUGAGAUCCAACAGUUUGGAAACCCUCCUGUCUUCCCUGAUAACCAAGCUCCUCAAGUUCAGGAGGAGAGCAGUGAUAUACCGGUGGCUUUACCGGGUCAGUUCAAGGGAAAGAAGUCUAAGGUGGCUGCAAAAUCUGGUGGACAAAUUUAUCAGUGGGAGAUUAUGCGCAGUUUUGGUCUUACUGACAGUGAGAUUGCAAGAUUUCAAGAUCCAUAUGAAUGGUUGUAUUACUUUCCUCCUUUAGCUGUUGAAGAUCUCAAGGCUUAUGGAUUGGGCUGUGAUUGGAGACGGUCAUUCGUGACUACUGAUGUUAAUCCCUUUUUCGAUGCCUUUGUAAGGUGGCAGAUGAGGAAGUUGAAAUCUAUGGGAAAAAUUGUCAAAGACUGUAGGUAUACAAUAUUCUCACCUUUAGAUGGUCAGCCUUGUGCUGAUCACGACCGUGCUACUGGUGAAGGUGUUCAGCCUCAAGAGUAUACUCUCAUAAAGAUGGAAGUAGUGAAGCCAUUUCCUCUGAAACUGGGUCCUUUGGAAGGAAAGAGAGUGUUUUUGGCUGCAGCUACGCUGAGGCCUGAGACCAUGUAUGGACAAACAAACGCUUGGGUACUGCCUGAUGGGAAAUAUGGAGCUUAUGAAAUCAGUGAAACUGAUGUCUUUAUCCUUACUGAGAGAUCUGCACUCAACCUUGCCUACCAGAACUUCUCAAAGAUCCCUCAGAAGCCAUCCUGCUUGGUCGAGUUGACCGGGUAUGAUCUGAUUGGACUCCCUCUGAGGUCUCCUCUGUCAGUGAAUGAGAUCAUCUAUGCUCUGCCCAUGUCAACGAUUCUGACCAACAAAGGUACUGGUAUUGUCACCAGCGUGCCUAGUGAUGCCCCUGAUGAUUACAUGGCUUUACAUGAGUUAAAAACAAAGCCUGAUAGUCGAGCAAAGUAUGGUGUGAAAGAUGAGUGGGUACCCUCUGAUAUCGUACCGAUUAUCAACAUUCCAGAAUUUGGGGAUAAGGCUGCAGAAAAGGUCUGCUUAGAUCUGAAAAUUCAAAGUCCAAAUGAUAAGGACAAGCUUGUAGAAGCGAAGAGGUUGACUUACCUGAAAGGAUUCACUGAAGGAACAAUGCUUGUUGGAGAGUUUGUUGGUAGGAAAGUUCAAAAAAUCAAGCCCAUUAUCAAGAAAAAGCUCAUAGAGUCUAACGAGGCUAUCAUAUACAGAGAACCUGAGAAGUCAGUGAUGUCAAGAUCCGGUGAUGAAUGUGUUGUGGCUCUUACAGAUCAGUGGUACAUAACGUACGGCGAAGCAGAAUGGCGGAAAAUGGCUGAGGAAUGCUUAUCAAAAAUGAACCUCUACUCUGAAGAAACAAGGCAUGGAUUUGAGCACACUUUAAGCUGGCUCAAUCAGUGGGCUUGCUCACGGUCUUUUGGUCUAGGAACUCGUAUUCCUUGGGAUGAACAGUUCCUUGUGGAAUCCUUAUCUGAUUCAUCACUUUAUAUGGCCUACUAUACGGUUGCCCAUAUCUUUCACGACGGUGACAUGUAUAAAGGCAGCAAGUCGUUGAUCCGUCCUGAGCAGAUGAAUGAUGAAGUUUGGGAGUAUCUCUUCUGUGAUGGUCCGUAUCCAAAAUCAACCAAUAUUCCAUCAGCUGUUUUAAGUAAGAUGAAGCAGGAAUUUGACUACUGGUACCCGCUAGAUCUUCGAGUUUCAGGGAAGGAUCUUAUUCAGAAUCAUUUGACAUUUUUCAUCUACAACCACACUGCACUAAUGGAGAGUCGUAACUGGCCACGUGGUAUCAGAUGUAAUGGUCACAUUAUGCUCAAUUCUGAGAAAAUGUCAAAGUCCACUGGAAAUUUCAGAACCCUGCGCCAGGCUAUGGAAGAGUUCUCUGCCACUGCUACAAGGUUUUCUUUGGCUGAUGCUGGUGAUGGUGUUGACGAUGCAAAUUUUGUAUUUGAAACUGCAAAUGCUGCAAUUUUGCGGCUGAUGACUCAGUUCAAAUGGAUGGAAGAUGUUCUGGCUGCUGAAUCCUCUUUGAGAACCGGACCUCCAUCUACAUAUGCUGAUAAAGUGUUUGAGAAUGACAUGAACAUUGCUAUCAGAUUGACUGAAAAAGCUUACAAAGAUUGUUUGUUUAGGGAGGCACUUAAGAAUGGGUUUUACGACUUACAAGCUGCUCGAGAUGAGUAUACACUCUCCUGUGGCAGUGACGGAAAUAUGAACCAUGACUUGAUACUGAACUUCAUGGAUGUGCAAACACGCCUCAUUGAACCAAUAUGUCCUCAGUUUGCAGAAUAUAUAUGGAGGAAACUUUUGAAGAAGGAAGGUUCUGUGGUAACAGCAGGCUGGCCUACAUCAAAUGAGCCAGAUUUGGUUCUCAAGAGUGCUAACAAAUAUUUGCAAGAUUCUAUUGUCCUAAUGAGAAAGCUUCUACCAAAACAGCUCUUAGGUUCCAAGAAGGCUGCUAAGAAAGGUGCUCAAGUAGCAGCAGUGCCAGCGGGAAAGUUAAAAGGCCUAGUAUAUGUGAAUGAGCAAUUUGAUGGAUGGAGAGCUCACUGCCUCGAGAUUCUGCAAAGCAAAUUCAACCAACAAACCUGUCGUUUUGCCCCUGAUGCAGAGAUACGUGCAGAACUAAGUGAGAUAUUACAGAAGGAGGGACUAGCAGAAAACGUUUACAUGCCUUUCGUUAAAUUCAAGAAGAACGAGGCAAUAUCUAUUGGCACUCAAGCUCUAAAUUUGAGGCUGCCUUUUGGAGAGAUUGAAGUCCUUGAGAGUAACAAGGACUUGAUCAAGCGGCAAGUUGGUCUUGAAGAGGUUGAAGUAUAUUCUGCAAGUAAGCCUGAUGAUGUUUCAAAAGCUGGUCCACAUGCUUCACUGCUGAAGAAGAAUCCUCCUUCUCCGGGCAAUCCAACCGCCAUCUUUGUGGCCAGCACAAGUGUCUCCCCUCCGGUCUAAAAUUUCUGUGCCCAUACGGAAUCAUCUCUCUCUGCAUAUCUUAAUGUAAGUUACAUCUCUUUCUCUUUGACAUCCAUCUCCAUUCUUUUCUCUAUAUAGUUUAUGGGUCUUUGUUUGUUGGAUGUUAUAGCUAAAUCUGAAUCUUACCUUGCAUAUAGUCUUCCUUGAUCAUUCAAAGAACUACUAGAAAGAUCUUACUUUGGCAAAAGAGGUGGACAAAAUGUGACUUGGAUGUUAUUGAGUU